GCUUGAUCUGUUCUAUCCCUGUGCCCACCCUCUCCCUCUUACUGUUCUGCGACCUUUCGGACUAGCCAGCCUUUAGCAGCAGUUUUCUGAUGCCAGCAGGGCAAGCCACCGAACAGCAGCCACGACGCAGCAAGAGGAUCGCAGAUCGCCAACAGCAACCACAACCUGCAGUUCGACAGCAGCCACAGACCAGCACUCAUAUGGCGAACACGCCGAACAGUGGAACGUCAUCCGAGACUUCGACAUCUAGCAAUGCCGAACCAUUACCGGUCUGUCCGGUUCAAGGGCCGACUGAGUCCAUCACGGACUACAUUCAGAGAGUGCAGACCUAUACGGCCGCACUAACCCUUGCCAAGGAACGGCAAGAUGCUGCUGAAGCAGACAAACAGCGGCUGGCAGCAGAAGCUGCAGCCCAAGCCCAGCGACAAGCUGAGGUGGAGCAGUUGGCGACCGACAAGCUCAACGCCGACAGUGCCGAGCUUCUGAUCUCUCAACAAGAUCAGUGGACACCGGUACUCAACAGGAUGCGUUAUGUCCCCGUAGCAGGCGCCGAGCCGACGGCAGUACAACAGGAGAGACAAAACCUGGCAGACAUUCUACUCAACACAAUGCGCGCAGUCAUCUGGAACAGCACCAAGGGGAAGCUACAUUCCAGGUCGACACGGCAGCUGCAGCACGAUCUUAGCCAUAACCUGAAGACGCUUGCAGCAGCCGUCAAGAUCGCGGACUCCCAGCUGAAACAGAUGGACACCCGCAUUGCUGCUCUGGAGGCAAGGCCUUCCCAAGCAGCGCCAAGCUGCACGACAGACACGGCAAAGCAGCUCAACGAGCGCAUCGACCAUGUCGUCAAUCUCAUCGGCGAACUAGGUGCUUUCACUGGUCCGGACACGAUCAGCAGCAUGGUGGCCGCCAUCAAGACGGACAUCACCAAGCUGCAGACAAGACCGGACGCCGCUACAAAGAACUACAAGAUGCCGCACUUCAACAUCAGCAAGUUCGACGACUACAACAAGACAGACACCUUGACAUGGUGGCAAGGCUUCCUCACGGAAGCAUCCUGCCGCACUGUCCCGGCUGAAGACAUGAUGAAGGCACUCUACCUACAACUGAUUGGAGGAGCACAGGCAUGGAUGAACCAUCUUGCGGCCACCAAGCAAUGCACCAUCGCCGAACUCCACACGCACAUUACGUGGAAGGAGUUCGAGCAACUCUGGUUCACUCGAUUCAUGGUCCGCAACGUCGUGAAGGCAGCCAUGAACGAGGUGUACACCAGCUCACAAGGAAGCAUGCCAACUCGAGACUAGACGAUGAAGUGGCAGAAGAUAGUGACCACGCCAGGCUUCGAUUUGAGUUUUCCAAACCAACGAUCCGAGUUCUUCUCGCGA